AUGGCAACUUGGGAGGAAUAUUUGGCUAAUCAAGAAAAUAUUGAUGGCGUCAAAAUGACGUGGAAUGUGUGGCCGCACUCCAGAAUUGAUGCACAAAGACUGGUUGUACCAGUGGCUACGUUUUUUACUCCUCUAAAAGAACGGCCUGUGGAUCAACCGCAGCAACCUCCUUUAGAAUAUGAUCCGGUUCUGUGCCAGAAGUCAACCUGCAAAGCGGUGCUGAAUCCUCUUUGUAUGGUUGACUUUCGUACUAAAAGUUGGAUAUGCCCGUUUUGUAACCAAAGGAAUCCGUUCCCACCUCAUUACUCUAUGAUUGCUGAAGACAAUCGCCCACCGGAACUUUACCCUCAGUUUACAACUAUUGAGUACACUCUAAAGAAAGCUACCACCUUGCCUCCUAUUUUCAUAUUCGUUGUUGACACCUGUUUGUCGGAAGAAGAAUUAAAAGCUUUGAAAGAAUCGAUGCAAACUGCGCUGUCUUUGUUACCUGCUGACGCUCUAGUGGGUUUGAUCACUUAUGGACGUAUGGUAGAACUUCAUGAACUUAACGUUCAAGGGAUUUCACGGGCUUAUGUCUUUAAAGGAACGAAAGAAGUGACACAAAAGCAAUUAAAAGACGUUAUCGCACUAAAUAUUGGCAAGCCGUCAGGAGCAUCUGUUGGUCCUGUGACUUCGCAACCUGGAGCGAUGCCUUCGCAAGGUAUGGCUCCCGGUGUUGUACCACCUCCAAGACCCGGUUUUCCUGGUCCAAAUAUGAUGAAUGUCCAGAAUUCUGCACAGCCACAACAAGCUCAUUCGCAACUGCCUUUUAACAAAUUCAUUCAACCAAUCAGUGACUGUGAUAUGUCGAUCAACGAUCUUAUUGAGCAAAUUAGACCUGACCGUUGGCCUGUCCCGCAAGGCCAUCGUCCACUACGAGCAACAGGAGCUGCCCUUGCUGUAGCUGUAACUUUACUGGAGGUUUCAUUUCCAAAUACGGGUGCACGUGUCAUGACCUUUAUUGGUGGAGCUUGUACCCAUGGACCGGGCAUGGUUGUUGGAGAAGAAUUAAAAAAUCCUAUCCGUUCGUGGCACACAAUCAAAGAAGAUAAUGCACCCUUUAUGAAGAAGGCUACGAAGUUUUAUGAUAGUUUAGCAACAAGAGCAGUGAAGAACGGUCAUGUUAUUGAUAUCUAUUCCUGUUCUCUUGACCAAACCGGGUUAAAUGAAAUGCGUUCUUGUUUCAACACUACUACAGGUAAUGUUGUGAUGGGUGAUAGCUUCAGUUCUUCACUGUUUAAACAAACAUAUCAAAGAGUUUUUGAAAAGGAUGGUAAAGGCCACCUGAAAAUGGGAUUUAAUGCUACCAUGGAGAUCAAAGUUGGUACUGGGUUGAAGAUUGAGGGGCUUCUUGGUUGCUGUGCGAACGGAAAUGUUAAAAAUGCCUCAGUUUCCGACACGGAAAUGGGUAUUGGCGGCACUUGUCAGUGGAAAUUUUGCUCCUUAACUCCGAAGCAUACUGUUGCGGUCCUGCUCGAAAUUGCUGCUCAGCAUGGUUCUGCAGUUCCACAAGGGGCGCGAGGUAUGAUCCAAUUUGUUACCCAGUAUCAACACCCGGAUGGUCGGAAGCGUAUUCGCGUGACGACAACGUGUCGUAACUGGGCUGAUAUGGCGUCACAACAGCCAAGUAUCGCUUACAGUUUUGACCAGGAAGCAGCAGCUGUUAUUAUGGCUCGUUUAGCUUCAUGGAGGGCUUCUAAUGAGAACGAUACCCCGGAUGCUUUACGAUGGGUUGAUAGAAGUCUUAUUCGCUUGUGUCAAAAGUUUGGCGAGUAUAGCAAAGAUGACCCAGCCUCUUUCCGUCUUUCUGAUAGGUUUUCAUUGUUUCCACAGUUUAUGUUCCAUCUACGUCGUUCUCAAUUUUUGCAAGUUUUUAACAAUUCCCCUGAUGAAACUGCUUAUUAUAGGCAUAUAUUAAUGUCCGAAAAUGUGCUUGAAAGUACCACUAUGAUACAACCUGUGCUUUUUGCCUACUCAUUUAGUGGUCCACCUGAACCAGUUCUUCUAGAUACUUCUUCAAUUUUACCCGACAGGAUUUUGCUUAUGGAUGAUUAUUUUCACGUACUUAUAUAUCACGGCCAGACGAUAGCCGCUUGGAGGAAAAUGAAUUAUCAGGAUGACCCCCAGUAUGGGGUGUUCAAGCAGUUAUUAGAAGCUCCUGUAGCAGAUGCUGCUGCCAUUUUACAAGAACGUUUUCCGAUGCCGCGAUACAUAGUGACUGAAUAUGAAGGAUCACAGGCACGUACUGCGCGGUUCUUGUUAUCAAAAGUAAAUCCUUCAUUAACACAUAAUAACCCUUAUGCAGCGGACGGAGGGGCACCUGUGUUUACUGAUGAUGUUUCUUUGCAAGUAUUUAUGGAGCAUUUGAAGAAGUUGGCUGUGUCUUCUCCGACAUAA